AUGCCUUCCAUCCUCCUCAAGACCAUUGCUCUCCUCUCCCUUGCCAGCUUCACACUCGCUGACCUUCACACCAAUGGCAUAUGCGUAGACACCAAGAGCGGAGUCUAUGUGUACAACGCUGAUGCCACCGCCGCCACCUGCACAAACUACAAGGACAGAAACACAGGUUCAGAACAAUGGGACACAUGCCCCGAUUGCACCAUGAUUACAACUGGUGUUCCACAUUGUGAAUCCGCUGGUUCGCAUAUUGGUGGUGAUGAGGUGGCUCUUUGGCAAACUAAGCGCCUGAGGGACGUUGGUGAGAGAAAGAAGUGUACUUUUAUUGGAGGGAUUCUUGGCGAGCAUUUUGGGGAGAAAGAUCUUGGUAAAUACUUGUUCAGCGAAGCGAAAUUUGAAGGAUUCAUGGCAAGACGCUAUGUGUUUGAUUCAUUCACAUAUCGAAUGAUCUAA